AUGACGUCAACAGAUGCUGAUUUUGUAUCAGCUGUCGAACAAGAACAUAAAGAAGUUCGAGGAUUUUAUGAACAAUUUAAAUCUUCUCAAGAUUUUGAAAAUAAAAAACGAGCAUUGAUCGAACUAAUUCGUUCUUUAUCUCAACAUUCACAUAAAGAAGCAUUGUAUCUAUAUCCUCUUGUAGAAUCUGAAUUAAAAGAUGGCAAACAUUUAGUCAAAGUUGCCAUUGUUGAAACGGAUCUCAAGAAAAUCGACGAUUUAGCGGACGAUGCAGCUGAGCACAUUGAACAAAUAAAGUCGUUAUUGGAUCAAUUAAUGGCAGAUUUUGAGAAACAUAUAAAAGAAGAAGAAACAGAUUUAUUGCCAAAGCUUCAACAAGAAUUAGAGACAAAACAAGAAAAAGCAAGAAGACUUGUUAAAGAUUUUCGAGAAGGAAUAACAAUAGUAUCCACUCGUCCACAUCCAGAGGCACCAAUGGAAGAUAUCAUGAAACUUAAAGAAGCAGAUAGACAAGCUCAAAUUAAAGAUUUAGAAAAAGAUCUAAAGCGUUUUGGAAUUACAGAUGAUGAAAGUGCAGGUCUUCAUCCACGACUUUUGUUUCCAUAUUCACAUACAAAGUUUGAUUUUCGUCUAUAUCUAUGCUUGUUUAUGUGA